AUGCCUGGGCACUGCGAGAACCCAGGGAACGACGCUGCAGACCGGCUUGCCAAAGAAGCCGCGCAACCGGGUAAAACCCACCCCUUUCAGCCUCUAUUGACCAGGGAGAAUGCAUACAUCCGCGCCAACAUCCAAGCUCAAUGGGUAUCAGAGUGGAAAUCUAGUCAGAAAGGCACCCACCUACAGCAGAUUGACAACAACCUACCGUCAAGGUACACCAGAGGAAUGUACGGAAACUUGUCCAGGAACCGAGCGUACCUGCUCACACAACUACGCACGGGCCACAACUGGCUAGCCAGUUACGCGAAGAGAUUCGGCUUCCGCGACGAUAACCUAUGCGAGUGCGGCGCCCAGGAAACGGUCCGCCAUGUGUUGCUGAACUGUCCAAACUUGCAAGAGCUGCGGGGUGAAUUGAGGACAAAGGUCGGAGACGCACUCAACCGUGUGUCGAGUCUGCUGGGAGGCUCAAAUGAAGGUGAGAAAGGUAAACCAGACACCGUCUCGCGAACCAGAACAGUGCAAGCUGUACUAGAUUUCGCCGAGGCGUCACAGCGGUUUCGCAGUCGCGCGCCAUGA